AAAAGAAAAAAAAAACAUGUCAAAGAAAUCAGUUUUUUUUUGAAGAGAUUUUCUUCUUCACCACCAUCUUCAUCUUCCUCUAUCAUCCCCACCACCACAACCAGCACCACCAUCGACAACAUAAACUUUUUCCGCCUUCAUCAUCUCCUUUACCACAAACAGUAACACCACCGUAGACAACAUCAAUUUUCUCCAUUAUCGACACCACCAUCAUCAUUUCCACCACCGUUGACUAUAUGUUGUUUCCCCAAAACCAUCAUCGACACCAACACCACCACCAUUAUCCAAAAGAAUUUUGUAAUGCAUGCCCUAAUUCAAUUGAAUUUUCUCACAUUCAUAAAUUAAGAAAGUUAGGGUUUUGUAUUAAUUGAAGAGUAUCCUCAAAUUGGUUAAACCAUGGGUCAAAGCAAGCCUUUCCCAAGUUCCGGAGUUGCUACAAGGUAUCUGUUCCAGAGUGGCUUACAGAAGUAUUUGAACCAGCGAGGAUUCCAUAUUGUUGGAUACAGUUGCACAACUUGUAUAGGAAAUUCCAUGGAUCUGGGUGAAUCAGUUGCUUCUGCAAUUAUAGAAAAUGGUUUGUUCUAUCAGCUCUUUGUUUACGAUGGGUCGACCCUGAAAUCAACCGAUUGUUCUAGCAGCUCUUUGUUUACGAUGUGAAACUCCACGUUGCCAAUGUUUAAUGCUUAGGUGUCUGGUUGAACUAAGUUUGGGCUUGAUCGUGGUUCAAAGUUUGGAAGAUCCUCCGGUCCACAGACAAAUUUCCGGGACUUGAAAGUUUCUGUGCUCUAGUAAUCAUUUUUUUAUUCUCCUUUCUGAUAGGAUUAGCGUUUUGUCCUAAACGGUAUCCAUUUUUGUAUUUGUUCCUCCGUUACACACUUGGCUACUAUUUCCUGCUAGUGGGUUAACCAUGACCGUCUCACCGACUAAAAGCAAACACUUGUCCAGAUUAAACAAGUUCAUAAAAUUAGAAGAAUUUUGAAUCUGUUUAUUGAAAAUCGUGAUAGUAUUGUUUUUAUUAUAUUAAUAAUUAAAUAUGGAUAUUGUAGUCCAUUGUGAAAUAUUAAUUUGUAAGAUUCUGGGUAGAAUAUCCAAAAUGGAUAAUAGAAAAAUAUCUUUUUGAUUCC